GUUUGUUCCAGCCGACCGGGUUCUCUGCGUCGUCGCUAAGAGCAGCAGGAAGGAGAAGUGCGCGCGCAGAGACAUUCAUCGAGGCCUGAGGAGACCGCGAACGGCCGUCCGCGCCGAAGGCCGAGAUGUCAGAAGACCUUGCAAAACAAUUAGCGAGCUAUAAAGCUCAGCUCCAACAAGUUGAAGCUGCUUUGACUGGAAAUGGAGAUAAUGAAGAUUUACUGAAACUAAAAAAAGACUUGCAGGAAGUUAUAGAAUUAACCAAAGACCUUCUUUCAACACAACCUUCAGAAACCCUUGCAAGUUCAGAUAGUUCAACUUCUACUCUGCCCGUUCACACUUGGAAGGUUGGAGACAGAUGUAUGGCAAUAUGGAGUGAAGAUGGACAGUGCUAUGAAGCUGAAAUUGAAGAGAUAGAUGAAGAAAAUGGUACAGCUGCAAUCACCUUUUCGGGAUAUGGCAAUGCUGAAGUCACACCCCUGCUAAACCUGAAACCUGUGGAAGAAGGAAGGAAAGCAAAAGAAGACAAUGGCAACAAACCUAUGUCCAAGAAAGAAAUGAUUGCUCAACAACGAGAAUACAAAAAGAAGAAAGCUUUGAAAAAGGCUCAGAGAAUCAAAGAACUGGAGCAGGAGCGAGAAGAUCAGAAAGUCAAAUGGCAGCAGUUCAACAACAGAGCCUAUUCAAAAAACAAAAAAGGCCAGGUAAAACGGAGCAUCUUUGCUUCUCCUGAGAGUGUAACAGGAAAGGUUGGAGUUGGAACAUGUGGAAUCGCAGACAAACCCAUGACACAAUACCAAGAUACAUCCAAGUACAAUGUUAGACAUUUAAUGCCCCAGUAAUAGAGGGGUAAAUUGCUAAGUAUCACCUCUGCAGGGCUUUACAUUUACCUUUUUAUUGUUAUAUUUUUCUAAAAGUAAACUAUUGGUGCGUAGUGAAAAUGGUUGUUACCAUUACUUGGCUUAUGCAGGUACAAGCCUUAAGUAAAAGGAUAGCUGUUGAGAUGACCCCCUUCCUGUUUCUGAACUUACUUAGCAUAAAUAUACAUAAGUCAAAUAUUUGUUUAGGAAAUUCCUUUUGCAGAUCUCUAGAAUGUUUUUAGUUAGGCAUUUAGUGAGGGUACUGCCAGAACCAACCAUUGUAUAAUAAAAUAGUUGUCCCAGCUUUCGUGCUCCUUCCUAUGUGCUUUCAGUCCCUUGUCUUGCUGCAGGGACAGAUGUGGAGUGCGACUUAUCUCUGUAAAGUUUCUCCAGCUGUAAGAGAUUUACCUGGAUUUCAUCCUAUCGAAUGUAAGGUCAAAUGUUAAUUGAGCACAGCCCACGUCUGCUUCCAUGGUUUGCACAAUUGUAAUGACAUGGGCCGUAGGCUCUCCUGUUAGUGAUGAUUCAUGAGCCAAAAAUAAUGCAGUUUGAAAUUCAGUUUUACAAGAAAUAUGCAGGGCAGGAAAAGUUAAGGCAAUCUUUCCUCCUUAUGAACAGAACAUUUUAGAUAUGAAAAUCUGCAGAGUCUAGCCAUAGGUUGAAUUAGAUUUCUGUAGUCACUUUCGAGAGUAGAUUAACAUUUUUAAAUAUUAAGUAUUGGGACAGUUAAAUGAUAAAAUUUGGAAGUAAUUAUUUUCACAGAACUGGUAAGUUCUUUGAUGCAUUUGUGGUAUUAAUAAUGUCCAGCAAGUUUGCCACCAUUCUGCUGAAUGAAACUUUUUGGCUUAAAUGCAGCAGGAAGGUUCAUAUGAGGAAUGUCUGACUUCAGCUACAUUAGCAUCGCUGGGCUACUUUGUUUUCUUGGGGAAUCCAUAUGUAAAAACUUUGACCUUUUUGUAUCUUGCAGAUGCAGUUGCUUCCCUCUGCCAUAUGUAUUGCUUAUGGUAGUAGUGCCAUCUCUCAAUCUUGAAUUGUGUUUGAAGCAAAAAGUUAAUGUAUAGCCCUGUAUACAGUGUAGAUAAUUAUUUUUGUAAAAUAAGGGGUUAAGUUAAUGAACAAGACUGCAUUUAGUUAUUUCUCUUGCUAAAUAAUUCAUUGGUAUUGCUCAUUAAUAUGGACUCCAUUCCCCAUGUAUAUUAUGUUGUUGUAGUUCCCUUUUGUAAUUUGUUUUCUGAACUAAAAUGGGAUCAGGUAGCAUCAGCAUUUGUUGAUGCACUGAUUGCUGAAAAUGUCUGUCAGCUUGCCUGAGUCUAAAAUCCAUACCUAGUAGGUUAGGAUCUAUUCAUCAAGAGGUUCUUCCUGUUAGGAGGAGGAGGUGAUUUUUAUGACUGUGUUGAUUUCAGUUUUGUAUGUUUAACUUUUAUUAAAAUAAAGUGUUCAAAACCUC